GACAUUUAGUCUAGUGCCGUUUUUGGUUGCAGUCGUGCGACGGACAGUUACCGGAGUAGAAAAAAAGUCAUAAAUUUGUUUAAUGAAAGAAUUAGUUGAAAAGAGAGUGUUGAACAAAAAGAAAAUUAUAUUAAUAAAAAAAAAAUUGCAAAUUUUUGCUUUAAUUUUCCUAGUUAAACUUAAAAGAAUACAAACUUUACAAAUUUGAACGCUUUGUAAUUUAUAAUAAUUACUAGCGAAAUUUUUUAAUUAAAAAAUUAAUAUAAAAUACAAACAUACAUAAGUGCUUAGUACGUAACAAUUUGUGUACAGAUAAUUUUUAUCGCUAAUUAAAGCAACGCCAGUUUGACGACAUUUACAAGUAUUUUCGCCGGCUAUCAACAACUGAUUUUAUACAUUCGUACAUACCUGCAUAUGUACAUAAAUAAAUACAUACGAUUUAUGUGCAAUUGUGGUUAGCAGCGCCAAGCAGUGAGGAGUAACAAAAAAAAUCUUGAAAACUUCAGAGGCAACACUUUAAGCAAACGCAACAAUUGAGCACAGUAAAUGCAGCAGCAAAGAAAUUAAAAAACAAAAACAAACGAAAAUAUUUCUCAAGUUCUAGAGCCGGCAAAAAAAUUUACAAAAAGUCAAGCUUAAAAGUAGGUUAAAUUCUUGAACUCGCAAGAGAAUCAACAACAAAACAGAAAAAACUAAUAAUAAUAAAAAAAAUUAAUAUUAAAACAAAAAAAAAACAAUCAUAGUAAGCACAAAAGGAAUAAAGCAAAAAAGAAAAUUAAGUUCAGCAAAAGAAAAAAAUUUAAUUCAGUUUAACUUACUACGCAAACAACUAAAAAAAAAAGUGUCUAUCUGUGAGCAAGAAGUCGAGCUCUACGACCUCACACGUACGAAGUUCAAGUUACACAAAUAAAAAGAAAAAAAGCCUAAAGAAAAAAGUCAAAAAUAAAACAAACAUUAUAAAAAAUAUUGUAGAGUUUAAAGAAAAUCACGUACCGGACGCGGCUAUCACAAACAAAAAAAUUCAGACAACAAAAAACCAACAAAUUCAAGCGACUGAAAAAGCUAAAACAAUCAAAUCCAACUGCAAUUAGAAUUCAAAAAAAAAAAAACAAGAAAUUGAAAUUAAAAAUAAUCAAAUCAAAAAAUCGCCAAGGGAAAAAAUUAAAUAUCACUUCUUAAUAAGCGUUGAAUCAACGCAACACCGUUAACGUAACGUUCUUCACACCAUCAAUUGCUUAAUGAAACGUAAAAAAUCUGAUAUUAUUAUUAUCCGUUAACGGCAAGGCAAGUGUAUUUAAGCUACAAUGCGUUGACGUUUUUUUAUAAUUAUUAAAUUUAAAGAAAAAAUUAACUUUGUGUCAUUAUUUUCUUUCCUUGAUUUCUGAAAUAAACAAAUAAUAAAAUAAUUUAUUAAAGUGUGCAGUUAUUGUAUAAAAGUGUUUAAACAACGCGGUUCCUUAGAGAACCGGCAACAACUGAUUGACGACGACCCUUGCUUCAAAAACGUGCCACGGUUAAACUCUGUCCCCUUGAGACUUCAAAUCAAGUGCGGCGCUAGAACCACCAACUACAACAAGAAGACAACACAUUAGUUAAGAAAACAAUAACAACAGGAAAAGAGAAACGCAAAAAUGGAAGGAUUUUAUGAUGGUGAUUUAAAGGAUAUAUGGGAUUCCGAUUUAGAUCCGACGGAAUCUCUGAAAAUCUCAACAGAUUCGGACUUACAUGAUUGGUUUAUGGAACGUGAUAUGAAGGAUCCGGCUGUUAUGAUCUUAAAUGAUAAACUCAUGUCCGAUGCUCUAUUCAAUUUACAACCCAUUAAAUCGGAACAUUCAUACAGUUUGAAUAGUGAUGGCGAUUCAUUGCCAGAUUCACCGCGUAGCCUGCAAACGAAAAUGGAUGACAUGGAGGAUGAGUGUUAUCCUGCAAUUUCGCUCAAGACCGCCACCAGCAAUUCAACACGUUCGCGGCAUCACGAUGUGGACAUCAGCAGCAGCGUUGAUCCGAAAUGUUUGGCCAUAUCUGUGGACUGCGAUGUAACACCCAUGGAAUUGGCCACCCUUGAGCCCAGCAGUCAUACCACAAGCACCACCACCAGCAGCACCAGCAGCAGCAAGUUGAUAACGAGCAGCUUGCUCACCACCGCCGCUACCUCCAGCAUACCCGCAACAAGUGGCAUACUUAGCAUAUCCGCCCACACAGCAACUGGCAGCGGCAUACUCACCACUGCUACCAGCACCCGCCAAACAACCACAGCGCUACCAUUGCGCUACACAAAUACUGGCAUUUUUACUAGCCUCAGCAAAAUCAAUACCACCGCACCGAUGACAUUCAAUCUGCGCACAGCCGAAACGUCCACUGGCACCAACAGUGGCGGCAGCAGCAGCAGUUCAGGUUUCGGCGGUAGUAGCACAACCACAAUUACCAUUGGUAAGCCCGCCACUAUUACGCAGCAGCAGCAACAACAGUCACACCUCCAACAGUAUCUACCUCAGACGUCGACGGUGAGCAGAGUUUUCGAGCAGAGUAGGUGUGGUACGCCGUCAACGGCACGCGAAGGCAGUUCCUCGCCAGACAUCUGCUCGGACAUUGAGAUCGAUGAGUCGGCCAUCAAGGAUGAGCCGAUGUCACCUGAUUCCAGUUGCCCGCCCAGUCCAAAUUCGCCAGAGUGCAUGACAAUGGCGAAAAUAUCACAUUUAACCGCGCGUACCGGCUCCGAUCUCGUGUUUGAACACAAGAACGGUUGCUUGCAACUCACACCCGCCUCACAGAGCCUACUAAAGGCGCAGCAACUCAGUUUAAGCACCAGCGGUGCGACGUCCGCUUCAACCAAUGCUCAAAACAUCGUCAUACCCAAAUUUAAUAUUAAAUCCGAGAGCAGUAGUUACAAUGGUAUUGCCGGUUCUGUCAAACAUAAUGGUCAAUAUGGUUUGCCAUUGACGCCGCCCUCCUGCUCAUCGAGUGAUGGUGAUUCCGAAGGUAAUUUAACACCGGAACAUUUACUAUCGCCACUUUCGCCCAACACAUCAGCAGUUUCUAUAUCUGUGGCCAACCCUGCAGCCAUUACACCGGUUACCCUGCACGCAGCGAAUGUGCGUCGUAGUGCCAGUAGCAGUAGCUCCUCAUCGCCAUCAUCCGCGUCGUCAUCAACAUCAUCGCUGCACGCGGCUGGUCGCCAUGCUGGUGCUGGCGGUGCUAAUGGUUCCACUCGCCAGCCAAUACACACACCGCUCAUCAGCUCACAGCCGAAAGGUUCAACUGGCGUACUAAUUCUCACCGAAGAAGAGAAGCGCACUCUGCAAGCUGAAGGUUAUCCAAUCCCGCAAAAGUUACCACUUACCAAAGCUGAAGAGAAGUCAUUGAAGAAGAUACGAAGAAAAAUCAAAAAUAAGAUUUCCGCACAAGAGAGUCGUCGCAAAAAGAAGGAGUACAUGGAUCAAUUAGAGCGCCGCGUCGAAAUACUCGUCAACGAGAAUAAUGAGCAACGUAAACGUUGUGACGCUCUGGAGCAUACAAAUGCCAAUCUACUAAGUCAAUUGCACAAAUUGCAAGCGAUGCUGAACAAACAGAAUAGCAAGAAGAACGCUUAA